AUGGUUGACAAAUUCCGUUACUCUCCACUUAUGGUUGACAAAUUCCGUUACUCUCCACUUAUGAUUGACAAAUUCCGUUACUCUCCACUUAUGGUUGACAAAUUCCGUUACUUUCCACUUAUGGUUGACAAAUUCCGGUACUCUCCACUUAUGGUUGACAAAUUCCGUUACUUUCCACUUAUGGUUGACAAAUUCCGGUACUCUCCACUUAUGGUUGACAAAUUCCGGUACUCUCCACUUAUGGUUGACAAAUUCCGUUACUCUCCACUUAUGGUUGACAAAUUCCGUUACUCUCCACUUAUGGUUGACAAAUUCCGUCACUCUCCACUUAUGAUUGACAAAUUCCGUUACUCUCCACUUAUGGCUGACAAAUUCCGUUACUCUCCACUUAUGGUUGACAAAUUCCGGUACUUUCCACUUAUGGUUGACAAAUUCCGUUACUCUCCACUUAUGGUUGACAAAUUCCGUCACUCUCCACUUAUGGUUGACAAAUUCCGUUACUCUCCACUUAUGGUUGACAAAUUCCGGUACUUUCCACUUAUGGUUGACAAAUUCCGUCACUCUCCACUUAUGGUUGACAAAUUCCGGUACUCUCCACUUAUGGUUGACAAAUUCCGGUACUCUCCACUUAUGGUUGACAAAUUCCGUUACUUUCCACUUAUGGUUGACAAAUUCCGUUACUCUCCACUUAUGGUUGACAAAUUUCGUCACUUUCCACUUAUGGUUGACAAAUUUCGUUACUCUCCACUUAUGGUUGACAAAUUCCGUUACUCUCCACUUAUGGUUGACAAAUUCCGGUACUUUCCACUUAUGGUUGACAAAUUCCGUUACUCUCCACUUAUGGUUGACAAAUUCCGGUACUCUCCACUUAUGAUUGACAAAUUCCGGUACUCUCCACUUAUGGUUGACAAAUUCCGGUACUCUCCACUUAUGGUUGACAAAUUCCGUUACUCUCCACUUAUGGUUGACAAAUUCCGGUACUUUCCACUUAUGGUUGACAAAUUCCGUUACUCUCCACUUAUGGUUGACAAAUUCCGUUACUCUCCACUUAUGGUUGACAAAUUCCGUUACUCUCCACUUAUGAUUGACAAAUUUAGUUUCGUUUAA